UUUGUUUAGUAGCUGUAAACAACCGAAUAAGUAACAGUGUCAAGCGUGCAUUUACAUGUAGCGUUUCUUAUAAAUUUAACGGCAUCUUUCAGUUUAACUAACUUCGCUGUUUUUCUUUUUGUUGUUGACAGUUUGUAAGGCUAAUUUAACAGUUUUAAUAAUAGGUGUACACUGUUCUAAAAUCAUAUCUAGGUAGUUAUUAAGAAGACGCCGAUGCUGAAAGUCCACGUUGGAGAGGUUUGAAAGGGUUUUGUCAUGGAUCCCGAGGUGUCUUUCAUGCUGUGCUGUGAUCCAUUACAGGCUCUUGGAGAACAUCAGAUUCACGUAGAAAUUUCAGACAGGUUCAAUCGACAGAGUUUUCCUGAAAUCGAGCAGCACAUUGAAGCUGUAUGGAGUGACCGCGUGGCCAAACAACCGUGGCUCUUCAAUGGAGCUAAAUUCAGAUUGCAUUCAGCAGUGCUCUCCGUCAUGGAGAAAGGACCGAUGGCAGAACAGCCCGUCCAAAACCUAACACACUCACAACAACGUGGUGAAGGAGACCAAUUAGAAAGUGCUGAUCAAUCCUCAGACAGAUUGGUCAAAGAGGAGCAAUCUUGUGUGCUCACUUUACAGUUAGGCCUGACCUGUUAUAAAGACUAUCUCGGGACUAACUGGUCACGAGAGGCAGGGAGGCUGCAGAGUCAUGGACAGAACGAAUGCGCAGAUCCACAGGCCUUCCUCGCUCAGCCGCUGGGGGUCGGUGCUGUCGUGGCCACGGCUGAUGGAGACAUCGUCCUGCUGAGGAGAAGUCAGAAAGUGGCAGAGGCUGCAGGCCUGUUAGAUAUACCUGGAGGUCAUCCUGAGCCAAAGAUGUUGUGUCCAGGGGUCAGCGAGGAGGCCAUAUGUGCUGAGCUCCUGCAGGACAAGGAGAGAGCCGUUGUUUCAGAGAUCUUCUCCUCGGUGUGUGCAGAGAUCAGUGAUGAGGUGAACGUUCCCAUCAGUUCUCUGAGCAGACCGGUGUUUAUGGGAAUUGCGCUGAACCACACUAGUGCAGGACGACCCAGUGCAGAGUUUUAUGUCCGAUGCACUUUGACAACAGAGGAAGUGAGAGACUUAUAUAGAAGCGGAGGUCUAGAGGCCCAUGAGUCCACUGAAAUACUGUUUCUGAGUCGAGCGAAAGUGUUCCAGUUAGACGAGCGCUCCCUCAUGUGGUCAGAGAUGUGUCCUUCGGCGAAGGGUGCAGUGCUGCUGUAUCAGAGGGUGAUGCCCGAUUGCUGAAUUUAAUCAGAUACUCAAACACCUCUGAAUAAUUGCACAAGAAGGUCAUGUAAACAUGAGUCAUUGCACCAUUUAAAGAAACAGUUCACUGGCAUAUGAAUGAACAUUUGAUGAAAAUGUGCUCACUCUUGGAUCAUCCAAGAUAUAGAUAGGUGAGUUUCUCCAUCAGAUUUGUAGAAAUCUACCAUUGCAUCAAUCUCUCAGCAGUGAAUGGGUGCCGUCAGAAUGAGAGCUGAUAAAAACAUCACAGUAAUCUACACCACUCCAGACAAUCAGUAAACAUCUGGAGAAGACAAAAGCAGUGCGUUUGUUAGAAACAGAUCCAUUAUUAAGGCACUAAAUUAUGAGACCAUUAUCCAUAAUAAUGCUUACUUCAGUGAAAAAGUUAAUCUUCUGUUGUCUCUCACAUCAAAAUCCACACACAUAUUCAUUUUGGUUUGUAAAUAGUGUUUGAUCUGAGCAGAUUUCUCUCCUGAUUCAGACCAGACGGAUUAUUUGUUUCUUACAAACAUGUAUCUUUUGGCUUUUAAAGAUGUUAACUGAUGGACUGGAGUGCUGUGGAUUAUUGUGAUGUUUUUAUCAGC